AUUCAACUUCAUAAACCCCAAAAGACAAAACAACGACAUGAAAAUGACAAAACACACAUUACUGUGUUGUUAUGACAUAAAAUACACAAAUUCAUGAAUACACACCCGUUUACCAUCAUCAGUGUGGCGCUUGUCAGCAUGGUUCCCACAUUAUCAUACGGUACCUGAACGUGGCAUCGUUCAACAGUGUGGACAUGAAGCAAAAGUGCUAGCUAGCUUCGCGUCUCGGAACAAAAUGAAAAUGUAACACUUCUGUGGAGAAGACGUGUUCUAUUAACAAAUUGUAAAACCCCUCAAAAUUGGCUAAUAUGUAUGAUUACUAAUCCGGGAGCAUGUUUGUGUCGGCCCCACCGCAACUAUGCUCCAACUUUUGGCUUGUCAGUUUGAAAUUAGUUUAGAAACUGGAUUGUCCCAGGCUAAAGACGCCGGAAUGUGAGUUAAAGUGGUUUGACGGUGCGUUCAUGGACACCUUGGGCUUGUUGAGGACUGUUUAGUGAUAGUUUUUAGUUGAUAUUUUUUGUGGCCAUGGCGAGCUACUUGGCGGGCAAAAUGGGAUUUAACUCUCUGAUGAGGAAACAAAACCGGAACUUCAACGUGAGGAUCUGCACCAUGGAGUCGGACAUGGAAUUCAGCUGCGAGAUGAAGUGGAAGGGGAAGGAUCUGUUCGAGCUGGUGUGCAGAACUCUGGGCCUGAGGGAGACCUGGUUCUUCGGCCUCAGGUACCACGUCAAGGACACGGUCGCCUGGCUCAAGAUGGACAAGAAGGUGCUGGAUCAGGAGGUCCCCAAGGAGGAGCCCAUCACCCUCCACUUCCUGGCCAAGUUCUACCCGGAGAACGUUGAAGAGGAGCUGAUACGAGCAGAAGAACAAAAAUAUUCACAACAGAAUUUGGCACUCAACCAGCAACAGGUGAAGAAGAAGAUCCUGGAGGAGGAGAUCCACUGUCCUCCAGAAGCUUCUGUGCUGUUGGCCUCCUACGCCGUACAUGCUAAGUAUGGCGACUACAACCCCAACGUUCACAAGCCUGGCUUUUUGGCUCAGGAGGAGCUGCUGCCUAAAAGGGUGAUCAACUUGUACCAGAUGACGGCAGAAAUGUGGGAGGAGAGGAUCGCAGUGUGUUAUGCUGAACACAGGGGUCGGACGAGGGAGGAAGCCGAGAUGGAAUAUCUGAAGAUUGCUCAGGACCUGGACAUGUACGGCGUCAAUUACUUCUUAAUCCGGAAUAAAAAGGGAACAGAUCUGCUUCUGGGCGUGGACGCUCUGGGCCUGCACAUCUACGAGCCGGACAACAGGCUGACGCCCAAGUGCUCCUUUCCCUGGAACGAGAUCCGCAACAUCUCGUACAGUGACAAAGAGUUCACCAUCAAACCUUUGGACAAGAAAGCCAACGUCUUCAAGUUCAACUCUUCACAGCUGAGAGUCAACAAAUUGAUCCUCCAGCUGUGCAUCGGCAGCCACGACUUGUUCAUGCGCAGACGGCGCGUUGACUCCCUGGAGGUGCAGCAGAUGAAGGCCCAGGCCAGAGAGGAGAGGGCCAGGAAGCAGGUGGAGAGGCAGCGUUUGCGCCAGGAGAAGCAGCGCCGGGAAGAAGCGGAACGCGUCCGGGACGAGCUGGAGAGGCGACUCAUUCAGCUUCAAGACGAAGCGCACAUGGCCAACGAGGCCUUGUUGCGCUCGGAGCAGACGGCGGAUCUUCUGGCAGAGAAGGCCCAGCUCGCGGAGGAGGAGGCCAAGCUGCUAGCCCAGAAGGCGGCUGAGGCGGAGACGGAGAUGAAGCGCAUCAAGGUGACGGCCAUGCGGGGCCACGAGGAAAGGCGGCUCAUGGAGCACAAGAUGGUGGAGGCCGAGAGAAUAGCCCUUAAGAUGGCGAACGAGUCGGAACACAGGGCCAAGGAGGCGGAGCAGUUGAAGCAGGAUCUGCUGGAAGCCAGGCAGUCUGAGCACAGGGCCAAGCACAAGCUCCUGGAAAUUACAAGCAGAGUGUACACGUGCCCUGCGCUGCCGGUCGACUGCAUGCCUCCUGACCUGAGCUUCAGCAGGGAGAACCUGAGCUUUGACUUUAAAGACACCGACAUGAAACGACUCUCCAUGGAGAUCGAGAAGGAGAAGGUGGAGUACAUGGAGAAGAGCAAGCACCUCCAGGAACAGCUGAACGAGCUGAAGACAGAGAUCGAGAGCCUGAAGCUAAAGGAGCGCCAGACCCCGCUGGAUGUGAUCCACGACCACAACGCUGAGCAGGGAGCCAGCAAGCAUAGCAAUUUUAAGAAGAAGACUGAAGACAGAAGAAGUGCUGCACAUGGUUAAAAUACACCAUCAGAAACAUCCAUCCAUCCAUUUUCUGAGCCGCUUCUCCUCACUAGGGUCGCGGGCCCAUCAGAAACAUUGUAAUUAAUUAAAAAAUAAGAAUAUUGUGAUUGUGUUGAAAUGGCACAACAAUGAAAAAGUGAAACUGUGAUGUUUCAGGUAGGUGUCUCUCAUUUUCUUUCCCUCUCCAUAGCACAUGAGCACUUUUAAUUUGGUAGCUGCAGCAUUGGUAAAGGGGGGCGGUGGGUUGGGCUUUCCACCCACCCCCCCACAGACAUAAUUUCAUUGGGAUCAUCUGCACUUGGCUCUCCGUCUGUUUCAAUUAGCCUACAAGCGGGUGGAAAGAAAGCCAGCUGAUCAAUGUCAACGAGCACGAGAAAGAAAAUAAGUGUGACGAGGUCAAAUGGCACCCGUUUGGGUUUUCCUCCUCAGGAUUUCAUUUUGGGGUCAAGGGCAACAUUUAUUGUUAAAUGGACAAGCAAGCCAGGUUUAAAAAAAGAAAAGCAGUAAUCCCUCCCUCCAUCACUGGGGUUUGGUUACAGACCCCCCCCCCAUGACUGAAAAUCCGUGAUAUAGAAAUACCCUGUUUAAAUACACCCUAGGCAUGUUUUUAUAGCAUUUAUCUCACUUCAAACUUGUUUGAAGGUCUGUAAUACACGUUGAAAACAAUACAAACUUAUUCAAACAUAAUAUAUUGAGAGAGAGCAAGAGCAAUUGAUGGCAAAAAUACUAUCCAUCCAUCCAUUUUUUUUACCGCUUCUCCUCACUAGGGUCGCGGGCGUGCUGGAGCCUAUCCCAGCUAUCAUCGGGCAGGAGGCUGGGUACACUCUGAACUGGUUGCCAGCCAAUCGCAGGGCACAUAGAAACAAACAACCAUUCACACUCACAUUCACAUUCACACGUACGGGCAAUUUAGAGUCUUCAAUUAACAUACCAUGCAUGUUUUUGGGAUGUGGGAGGAAACCAGAGUACCUGGAGAAAACCUACGCAGGCACGGGGAGAACAUGCAAACGCCACACAGGCGGGGCUGGGGAUUGAACCCCGGUCCUCAGAACUGUGAGGCAGACGCUCUAACUUGUCGUCCACCGUGUCGCCUUACUGUAUAUGUAAUAUUGUUUAUUUUAAUAAUACAAUCAAUUCAUGCUCUUAACAUUGUAUUAUAUCAAUCAGUGUAUUUUUAUUUUAAAAAUAUGUAAUUAUUUCAUUAAAUAAAUCAAAACAUUUAAAUGCAUAUUUCAAAUUGUUUAUUCAGCCAAUUUAUAGUGAACUACAGCUAACUUUUUGUUUUUCACAAUAAAUGGAAGAAAAUUACCAGUGACCCUACGUCUUAAACCUCUACUUUGAAACAAACACCAACCAUCUUGAAACCCUACUUUGAAACCCUAACCUUUAAUCAAAACUUUAACCCUGAUGUGGAACCUGGCAUUGGAACACUAAAAUUGGCUUAAAACCUUUCUUUGAAACCUUAUCAUUUCCUUGAAACCCUAACAUUGUUUUACAAUCCUAAUUUGAAACCCUAAUCUGGUCUUGAAACCAUAAUUUAAAGCAUGUCUUGAAAUCCCAAUUUGAAACCCAAAGCUUGUCUUUUUUUAUUAUUAUAAUUUUUUUCCCUGUCCUGUUCAGCUGCAUGAUCAAGCAGAAUGGUCAUGCAGCUGUAUGCUUUUUGUGCUGGAACAGUUUUGCUGUGCAACAGGGGACUUAAUACUCCCUCUGUUUAAUUUAUUUAUUAUUUUUGUUAAUUAUUCUGAUGUUUAUUGAAAAUGCAGCUGGACAGAAAAGCGUUUUAGGGGAAAAACAGAGGGACAGAACGGACAAAACUCUGACCCUUAAUUUGAAACUCAACUCUCUUUAAACCCUAACCUUUGUUUGCAACCAUCAUUUGAAACCUUACUUUGAAGCCAUAAUAAGCCUGACAUGGAACCCUAAUGUGAAACCCUAUCCCUGGGUUUUAAAAAAAGCAAAUUGUCUUGAAACUCUACUUUGAAAACCUAAAUCAGAUUUUAAACUGUCACUUGAAACUUCAACUGAAACCCUAACCCUAUAUUGAAACCUUAAUAUGAAUGUCUAACCCUGGCUUGAAACCCCAAUUGGAAACCCUAACCUUGAUCUGAAUAGCACAAGGUAGAAACAAUAAUUAAACAUAACUCAUUCAAUUGUUAUCUCUGAAUUUUGACAAGAAAAUGACAUCACCACUUCCAUCAUAACAACAUUAGUGAGUCUUUUUUUCCCUCACAUCGGCAGUGACAAAAGGAAUUUUUAUUUUGUGCACAUCUUCCGCCUUUUCACAGCCAAACUAGCAGCAAAUGUUGCACAUACCGAGAAAAGGCGAUAUGAUGAAAUCAAAUGGGAAGCAGCAAUCAAUGAGUGUGUGCGUGCGCGUGUGUCUUUCACACACCAGCUGUUGGAGGCAAUGUGCAACGGUAAUGACAUUAUUUUUGCCGCACAAAAAAGAAAACACACAAAAAAGGUCCUAUCGUGGGUGUUUGCUCCUGUUUCCGAAUGUUCCAAUAUGUUCUAUUUUAUGUUUGACUCAUCACCUUCUAUUGUCCUUUGAUGCAGAGGGACCAUUACAAAUUCAUAUUACAGUCACAUGUGAAAUGUAAAACAAUCAUUUUGAAACAAAAAGUAUACUAAUUUUGCAAGUCAUUUUUGCAAGAAAUUUUUUUUUCAAAAAAAAAAGUCAUAGCCUAAUCUUCUGAAAAUAAAAUUGGAUAUUUUCAAGAAAGACAUUUUAAUCUUACUAAAAAAAGUACUACUGAUAUCGAAAAUACAUUUUUAACCUAACCAGAAACGUGUCAUUUAAAAAAAAAAAAUCUAAAAGGUCUGUUUUUUGCUGUUGUUGUUGUUAUAGAAAAAAAAGAAACUAUGUUUUUGUAUAUUUUUUGAUGAAUAAAGUCAGAAUCGUCUCAGAAUAGUCUGUUUUUUUUUAUAAACCCAUACUUUUUCAUGCAUCAUCCAUCGAAGAAAAAAAAUCGUCCUGGUGAACGGUGAAAAAAAGCAAUAAACUAAAAACAAUGAAGUUGUAUUUUUUCAAGAGCUUCUAAAAUAUUUUUUUAAUCGAAAAAAACAAAACCUUCUGGGAAUCGUCAUAUUUUUGUCAGAAUGAAGUUGUAUGUUUUGAGAAAAAAAAGGUUAUAGUCUUCAGAAAAUAAAGCAGGGAAAAAAAGUCCAAAUCUUUUAAGAAUAGCAUCAGACUUUUUGAAGGACUUUAUUCCCCCGAAUUAAAUUGUAAUUUUAGAAUGACAUUGUAAUCUUUCAUCAAAAAGUAAAAAUAAAUUCUGAAAAUUUUUCAUAAGAUUUCGAGAAUACUGUAGUCAGAUUUAAAAAAAUAAAAAUAAAAAAGAAAACAGUCAUAAUCUAUUGAGAAUAGAAACGUUUUUGUUUUGUUUUUUCAGGAAUAAAACUGUAAUCGGCAGCACGGUGAAUGACUGGUUAGAGCACAUCUGCCUCACAGUUCUGAGGACCUGGGUUCAAAUCCAUCUGUGUGGAUUUUGCAUGUUCUCCCUGUGCCUGCAUGGGUUUUCUCCGGGCACUCCGGUUUCCUCCCACAUCCCAAAAACAUGCAUGGUAGGUUGAUUGAAGACUCUAAAUUGGCCGUA